CUCCGAACCAGGAAAUAAACAAGUCGGUGGUCUGGUUUAAUGAACAGGCGGUGUCCUUUUUUUUUAAAUAGCAUUGGAUUAUAGCUAUUUGGCCAAAUUAUCGCCUGUCACCAUGGCCGGCUUCUUCAAGAAAAGACAGUAGAUGAUGUGAUAAAGGAGCAGACCAAAGAGCUGAGAGGAACCCAGAGACAGAUCACCAGAGACAGAUCUUCCCUGGAGAAACAGGAAAAACAACUGGAGAUGGAGAUUAAGAAGAUGGCGAAGACGGGGAACAAGGAGGCGUGUACCAUCCUGGCCAAACAGCUGGUUCAGCUGAGGAGACAGAAGAACAGAAGCUACGCCGUCGGUUCAAAGGUCACCUCCAUGUCCUCUCAGACCAAACUCAUGAACUCCCAGAUGAAGAUGGCAGGGGCCAUGGCUACCACUACCAAAACUAUGCAGGCUGUCAAUAAGAAGAUGGACCCUCAGAAGAUGCAACAGACCAUGCAGAACUUCCAGAAGGAGAACAUGAAGAUGGAGAUGUCAGAGGAGCUGAUUAACGACACACUGGAUGAGAUCUUUGACGAGUCUGGAGACGAGGAGGAGUCUGAUAGCAUUGUUAACCAGGUUCUGGACGAGAUCGGCAUCGAGAUAUCAGGAAAGAUGGUGAACGCUCCUUCAACCAGCAGAAACAACCCCACCUCUUCUGCCACCAAAUCAGACGGCAUCUCAGACGAAGACAUCGAACGACAGCUCAAAGCCUUGGGAGUGGACUAACACACACACGCACCCUGUGCCUGGACACACACCCUGUGCCUGGACACACACACACACGACUCCCCUGUUCAGUUUCUGACAUGCCUUUUCUGGGAUAUAGUGACACUAUUAUAUUUAUAUAUAUCAUAUCUUUUCAUUUUGAAUGCAUGAACAGUAGAAUCUGAAACUACCUUUCACCCCCCCCCACUUAGCCCCACCUCUCCCUGCCCGUCCCCCUUAGCCCCACCUCUCCCUGUCCCCCCCACUUAGCCCCACCACUACCUGUUCAUUAUGAUCUAGGAUCAGGUCCCCUCUUAUUCAUUAUGAUUUAGGAUCAGGUCCCCUCUUAUUCAUUAUGAUCUAGGAUCAGGUCCCCUCUUAUUCAUUAUGAUCUAGGAUCAGGUCCCCUCUUAUUCAAUAUGAUCAGGUCCCCUCUUAUUCAUUAUGAUCUAGGAUCAGGUCCCCUCUUAUUCAAUAUGUUCAGGUCCCCUCUUAUCCAUUAUAACCUAAAGCCAAAACUGAUGCUAGAUCAGCAGUCCUGUUCUGAGAUGCUUUGUGAACACGGCCCUGAUAUCUGAGAGCUGUGAUGUGGUGGCCAACUCUUGUCCUGGGGAGGUAUGCUCCUGCAGGGAUUUGUUCCAGCCCAACAGUCAGACUAUCUUUGUUUUUCUGCUAUCCUCUCGUUUUGAGAAAGUGUAAAUAAAUAAAAUACCUUUAUUUCAUCAGA